GAAAAUGAUUACAAAACAAAUCAUUUCUUUUUUUAACAAUUUUGACUUCAAUGAAUUUGGCACAGAUAUUAUCUUGAGUGUGUUGUUUUAGCCCUAAAAUUUAGGGUAAAGCCAGAGAGGUAUCUGAGAGUAUACACAGAAGUGGCAACAGAGUAGAGCAAAAGAAAUAGAAACCGAAGAUGGCAGCGACUACCGUACAGCUAGAGAGAAAGUUGGGGUUACUAAGCGCAGUUGCUAUGAUAGUCGGUACCAUGAUUGGAGCUGGCAUCUUCAUUUCGCCGAAGGGCGUUCUUGAAGCGAGCAAGUCUGUUGGUUUGACCAUGAUUAUAUGGCUUGGAUGUGGUGUCAUUGCCAUGCUCUCCUCUUUAUCUUAUGUAGAACUGGGGACAUUUACUGCUAAGUCUGGCGGAGAAUUUACAUAUAUCUUAAAAGGUCUUCCGGCAGUGUUGGCAUUCUUGUGCAGUUGGUGUACGGCUUUAAUCAUCAGACCGUCAGCAUUCGCUGUGAGCAGCCUAGUUUUUGCUGAAUAUGUGGCUUCUCCCAUCUUCGAUUCGUGUGGACCACCAGUUGUCUUUGUGAAAUGUUUGGCUGCUCUAGCAAUCAUUGUGAUCACAGCGAUCAACUGUUAUAGUGUCGAAUUGACAGCAGGCAUUCUGGUGGUUUUUACUGUAGCCAAAAUCACAGCCCUCCUCAUCAUCAUCAUUGGUGGUUUUGUAAUGCUGGGAAAAGGUGAAUUCUACGACCUCCCAGAGGGUUUCACAGGUUCCGAGACUUCAGGAUCAGCUAUUGCUUUGGCAUUUUAUGAUGGAUUAUGGGCCUAUAAUGGAUGGUUAUGGGCUGAUCGAGUUCUUGGGGUUGCUGCCAUUAUAAUACCAAUUUCUGUGGCCAUGUCAACGUUUGGCGCAACAAAUGGAAUUUGUUUCACAAGUGGGCGAUUGACUUACGCUGCAGCCAGAGAGGGUCAUCUCCCACAGGUUCUCUCCUAUCUUCACAUCAGGAAGAAAACUCCUGUCAUCUCCCUUAUAUUCUUAGCAAUAAUUGCUUUGAUCAUGAUAAUACCAGGAGAAAUAUCUUCACUAAUUGAUUUCUUCAGUUUUACUGCCUGGCUUUUCUAUGGACUGGCUUUCUUAUCGCUUAUAGUAAUGAGGUUUACAAAGAAAGAUGAGCCCAGACCUUUCAAGGUUUUCAUCCUUGUACCAGUUGUAAUGCUCAUCAUCUCCGUAUAUCUGGUGGUAGCACCAAUUGUACAAAAUCCCGAUUUGGGUUUUCUCUACGCCUUCCUUUUAAUCAUCGGAGGACUUAUCUUCUAUUUCAUUUUUCUCCACUUCAAAGUCCAGUUGCCAUGCAUGGAAGCCUUUACUGAAUUUAUUCAAAAGUUUGCGUGUGUUGCUCCAUCAAAAUAUAAGCCACCUGACCAUUCCAAAGACAACAAGCUUUAAGCAUCAAAAUUGGUAAAAACAAAUAUUCUGCCAUUUGGAAUGAAAUUUUAGUUCCAUGAAAGUUUCAGGAAGAAAAAAAGGGAAAAAAGAAAAAGCAAAUACUCAACAAUAUGAAAAUGAAACGAAUUUCUCUGGAUAACUCUGUGUGUGUGUGUGUGUGUGUGUGUGAGAGAAAGAGAGAGAGAGAGAGAGAGAGAGAGAGAGAGUGAGUGAGUGUUUGUGUGCGUGUGUUUAAUCUUUUUACUGGAAUUUUCUUGGAGAUAUUAUAUACUGAACCAAAUCUCAACGUUGGACUCUUUAGCCUGAGUGUAAAAUGUUGAGCAGCUAUGGUUUAUUUUCAACUGAAAAGUGGAGGGAAAAAAAUGAGGCAAAAAAGCCUAAACAUAACGAUAUACUUGUUCUGCAGUAAAAUUGAAUGAACAAUAUUUUUCAGUGAAAGAAUCUUCUGAACAACUUGAAACAUGGCAUAAUUUCAUUAACUAAUAUUAACACUUCACCCUAUCAUCUAUACUCAUACAUUUUUCCUUGCUCGAAUAUCAACUCAUUGGGAUUUCAUUCUCAGCACAUGAACUUACAACUGUACAAAUGAUAAGAGCAUUCAUAUUGAGUUCACUGGUCAUUGAGGGCUUGCAAAGCUUAUAAAGGCAAACACUUUCUUCUGACAAAAACAGUGAAAAGAAAACAAACUUAUUUUGCUCAUAAAAAAAAAGGAAAG